AGGGGGGGCCUCGAGCGGCACCGGACCGCCGCGAGGACUCCGGGGCCCCGCCCCUUCCGGCCUGCCGCCAUGUUGCCGCGGGGGGCGGCAGGCCUGCGCCGGGGCUUUAGGAUGGGGAACAGCCAGCCCGUCUCUGUUGGACUGUCUAGCAAUGACGCUGCGAAUCAAAUCCAGGAGAUUAUUUCAGAGAACUGUGUGGUCAUUUUCUCUAAAACAACGUGCUUCUACUGCAAAAAGGCCAAAAAGCUUUUUGAGCACAUGAAUGUAAAUUACACCGCUGUAGAACUGGACUUGAAUGAAAACGGAAGCCAGAUACAAGACGUUCUUGAACAGAUGACUGGUGGCAGAACAGUCCCAAGAGUGUUUGUUAAUGGGACUUUUGUUGGAGGUGCUACAGAUACUCAAAGACUUCACGAAGAAGGCAAGCUACUGCCAUUGAUUCAUCAAUGUCAACUGAAAGGAAAAUCCUGAACCACCAUCUAGCCUAGCUUAGUUCUGCCUUUAUAUAAAACAGGUAAAAAUUCAGACAAGUUAAAAAGAUUGCAAAGACGCACUGCAUCAGCUCGGGUUAACUGCUUCCAGCCAAGAAUUUCUGAAUCUCAGAUUGUUCUCUGACACAGACUCUAUGGAACUGACAAAUUACUUUGUUUCCUUGCCUCAGCUUUACCACAAUCGUUAUGUACCUCUUGGAACUCCAAGUGUAUUCUAAUGAUGUCAUUUUAUUGGUGUUGCAUUGGUGGUAAUAUGCUUCAAUGAAAUACUGACUGUAGUAGAGUUAAGGUUUUUGAAGAAUCCUGUUUUGUUUUUUUUCUGCAGCUAAGAUUGCUUUCUAGUCUCAUUCUGCCACAGUUACAAUACAUGGUCAACUUAAUGGCUUUGUUAAAUUUUAAAUGUCAAAUUGCAAUCAGAAAGUACAAAGCAUCACAUUUAUAGUGAUGUUGCUGCAUGUCAAGUUUCUAACUGUUGUUCAUUUGUUACUUCUACAUUACUUGUACUAGUUUGAUUUUUUUUUUUGCCUGUUAUUAAAAGCAGUACCUAAUGGCUCUGCUUUUGUGUAUUUCUAAAUAGUGUUGAAACCACCUAUUUUUGUGUAACUUAAAUUGUAAUUUUAUUUACAAGAGAACUUAAAUGUAAAUUACAGGAAUGUGUUAUGCAAGUAUUGGAUCAAUCAGUGAGUGUCCUUUGUGGUAUCGGUCAUUCCUUUUAAUAGAGGAGGCUGGCAGUAGGGGAAGUAGGUCAGCUUCACUAAUCUCUCAUACGGUUGCUCUCAAUUCGAGCAGACGAUCACACGUAACCUGCAACUUUGCGGUCUUGCAAAGGGUCAGUCACUGUUUUAACACUGACUAGGCUUUCAUUGUAUGAGAGUAUCUUAGGAUCUUCUGAAGAGGCUUGAACUACAACAGUCUCCCAAACCUAGCCCCUGUCCUUUGAUUAAAUUCUUUGGUCAUAUAUGUCUGUGGAAGAUUAAGGUAGUAGGAGGUUCUCCCUUGACAGUCAUGAAUGGUAGGGGAUAUCCACCUUUGUUUACCUCCCUCAUAUUUCAUCAUCUGAUCUUGUAAGUACUUAAUUAUAAGUUCAAGUGCUAUGGAAAAAGGGAAUAGAGAUCCUUGCAGUUUUAGAGUGGUAGGUAAUUGCUUUCAUCUUUACUCUGCACUGUAUCAGUCUAGACGCUGUCAUUCUGGAAUAUCCUGGUGUAGCCAGGCAGCUCAGUGACACUAAACUCUACAUCAUCAUCAAUCCAGUGCUAUUAUGAAACUUAAGACCAAGUAAAAUGGGUCUAAUAUGCAUAGAGUUUAUUUAGUACUUAAGUUCUACAGUCAGAAUGCAGUUUACUAGCAAUAUUAACUUGCAGUUAAAUGUCUAAAAAAUCCAAAUUCAAUAGUUUCAGUACAAUGUACAUCCAAAGCCAGAGCAGCCAAUGCCAAGACUUGGUUAUUUCAGGAAAGUUCAUCAUACGUGAGUAGAAAAUUAUAUCCCUUUCCUCAGUAAAAGGGACAAUUACACUACUAAAGAUGCACAGUUUAGAAUAAAAACAUUAGUCUAUUUUUAUUCACUCCUUGUGAAUAAGACGUCUGUUAUUUCCAUUGUUGUGGGCACUGCGUGCACAUAAACAACUUUCUUUCCACAAGGAAACAAAGCACCACAUCCAUCUUCAGCUCGGAUAAUUGUGAUUACAAGGCUGUCAUCUGAAUUUGACAACUUCCUUGUUGCAGUGCAGCUUUGAAAUAAAUUUAAGUAACAGUUUGUAAAAAGAGUUCAGUAUACAGUCAUCUGCACUGUGCAUCUUUAACAUAUGAUUAGCUAACUAAACACACUGACCUUGUUAUAUUAUUAUUGCAAUUCGCUACCUUUUGCUAGUUUCAUCAUUGCCUUAAGUCUUUGUUUACAAGGACACGCUCAUUAAGUUAAAACGCCAUCAAAUGUGCAUCUCUCCCCAAAUUUAUACUUAAUAAAGCAAUUUAGUUUGCA